CAGUGCUGGCUAACAGUGCCACCUAACAGUGCCAGUCAGUGCUGCCUAUCAGUGCCAGUCAGGGCCGCCUACCAGUGCCACCUAUCAGUGCCAUCAGUGCCACCUAUCAGUGCCAAUCAGUGCAGUCUAUCAGUGCCCAUCACUGUAGCCUCAUUAGCACACAUCAGUGAAGGAGAAAAAUCACUUAUUUACAAAAUUUUUAUA